AUUAGACAGAAUAAAAGUGUGUCCAUGUUUCAGAUCUAACCGUCCCAAAAUGUCCACCAUACCCACCGCCGGCUACGGCACCGUCGGCGGCACCCCCAACCCCACUGAGCCCCCGCCACCGAACAUCCCUUCCUCCAAUCUGAUCGCCACUCCCCGCUCAUGGCGGGAGUUCUUUGACCUCUCCGCCCUCUCACGUCCCUUCAACUACGACGACGCCAUGCUUCGCCUCCGAAGAAACCUCAGCUACUUCCGCUUCAACUACGCCGCCGUGAUACUCUUCAUCCUCUUCCUUAGCCUCCUCUGGCAUCCCCUCUCCAUGAUCCUCUUCCUCAUCCUCCUCGUUGCCUGGUUCUACCUCUACUUCUCUCGCGAUCGCCCCGUCGUCAUUCUUAACCAAACCUUCGAUGACCGAACCGUCUUCUUCGUUUUGGGCCUCGUCACUGUCGUUGUGCUCGUCUCCACCCACGUGGGCGUUAAUGUAUUGGUCUCGUUGAUUGUGGGUGUUAUCGUUGUUGGGUUGCAUGCCGCGUUUAGGGUUACUGAGGAUUUGUUUCUCGAAGACGAAAGUUCGUUGCUUUCUGUUGUGGGAAGUCAACCUCCGAGAACAAAUUAUACCCCGAUUUGAUUUUAUUUCACAAGUUUGGUUCUGUUUUGUUGUGCGAGGUGUUUUCAGUUCUGGGCACUGGUUUACCAUCGAGUUAGUUUUAGAUUUUCUAAUUUGGGAAUUCCAAUUGUGAAGAAGGGAGAGUUCAAAUUCAAAGCUGGGUCUUUUGUUUUGAAGGGUAGUCCUGGCAAUGAUGACUAUGAGAAUGUGGAUUUUUGGGUGUUCAGUGACUCUUACAUGUUGCUUGACGUUCAAGCUGCUGAUCCUGCCACCUUGGUUUAUUCGGUUUGGAUUGGGGUUGUAACGGUAUGUUUGUAGUGAAGCAUUGAAUUAGAAAUUGGAAUCGGGUGUGUUUUGUCUAGAUAGACACGAGAGUUUUCUGAGGCAGAGGAUCUAUUCAAGUAGUGACUGACAAUGACGAUGCAGCUAUUUUGCUUGUUCAUCUUGUUUGUUACUUUUUCAAUUCCAUGUUUCGAUUCUAUUUAAUAAGUUCGCGUAUUUUGCUGCAUAAACUCUUUUUCCACUGUUAAUUUGUAGUAUGGUUAAUAUCUCACAAUUGGGUAUAGUUUUGUUAGCUGUUUGCUUUCUUCUGCGUUAUCGAUGGUUAAUUUUAUUAAUUUGUUCUACUUUGAGUUCAUUAUGAAAUGCCGAU